UUCUUAUCUUUGUAGGUGAAAGUUCACUGAUUUCUCUGCUGUAACUGUCAAUGUUUUGGCAUAGUAUGAAAAAACCACGGGUCGUUAUUCGCUCCUGACAAAAUAUUAUAUUCUCUUGCUCCUGACUAACACGCCUUCCCCGGUUCUUCUUAACUGGUCGGAACCUUUUCUUACAAUUUUCGUAUUAGUGUGUUCAGGGCCUUACUGACUCUCGCACCGUCAACCGAAAAGAGAUAGGAGAAAUUACAGUUCUUGACGCCGUAAAACAAUCAGCUAAUCAAAGAAAUCGUUAAAUCAAAUCGAUGCUACUUUUUGUUGAAAAAUCAUUACACUAAAUUGCCGAUGAAAUUCUGAGUUUUUCUUUGAUUAUAAUUAGUUUUAAAGGUAGUUGAGAAAGUUGCAAAAAAAAUACUGGUUGAGAAAUUAGCCAGAUUUUGACAAGCUUUUGUGUUCGGCUUUACAGUACGCGAAAAUGGUUGUUGUGCUGUUUGUUUAUUAAAUUCUGGAAACUUCGAAUUCAAAUGAAGUCUCAUUUCGUGAAGAGACCGCCGCUUUGUAGGGAACAAUGGGCUGAAUUACAGGUUGGCAGGGGAUUGCUUUAUAUUUCCUGGCCGCUUUGAAACAAAUCAUAUUUGGGCUAUAAGUUACAUUUCCACUUAUGAGCUCGACUUUGAAAGCUAUCCAAAGUUAUCCAUUAAGACAGCCCAGCACAAAAACCCAUUUUUCCACGCGGAUGCCCAAUAAACCUCUUCUAAAAUUGGUAUCUAUAAGGGUACGUAAUUAAUUGCCAAGUUUAUUGAUCUUUUAUUUGCAGUUCUAUUUUGAACAGUUAGUGAUGAAUUGCACACACACGUCACAAUGGCAAAGUUAAUACCUUGAUUGCAGUAAUUUGACCUUGAACUUCUGUAAAAGAAAGGAAAUUUUAUUAACUGUCGGGAAGACGGAUUUAUGCAGAGUGUAAUUAAGGGCGCUUGUUUGUUUACAAUUUAAUAGAAGUAAAGUGGUAAGGUAUGGCAUUUGCUAACAUGGAGUUCAGAGUUUCUGCGCCUUCUAGAUUUACUGGAUUAACACCAGCCGUUGCAGGCUCACGGAGAACCAGUCACAUUUUUAUCGCUCCAACAAAAGGAACGUUUACAAGAAACGGUAUUUACGCAGUCGAGGAACCGAUCAAAAGAGCCCCAAAGCGACCGAAAGCUAAAGACUACGAAAUCAUCUACAAAGCGUACCUGGAGAUAAGGGAAGAAAAUGGUGCUUUAAGGCACGAGGGUCAACAGUUACGAGAUGAACUUCUGCAAACGAAAUCGAAACUUCUUGUUCUUUCCCAGGAAAACGAAGAACUAAAGGCCCAAAUUUCUCAGCUUCCGUUCCCUGAAAACUGGGGACAGGUUAUCCGCGGAAAAGACGAGGAAUUGAAAAGACUGAAAGAAUCAAUUCAUAAAAUGUCGUACGACCGAGCUGAAGCAAUCAACAACAAGUCUGUGGCAGAACUGGCCGUCGAUGAACUGAAAUUGAAACUUCGCAACAAGGUUAAAGAAGUAAAAGACGCAAAGGAGUUGGAGAAAGUUCAGAGCAAAGCAAAAAUUCUCAACGAGACAGAGAAGUUGCGAAACGAGAGAAACAUCGCAGUCGCCAAUCUCACACGUCUUGAAGUUGUUGUCGACAAGCUUCGCCAGGAAGCCGGCCACGAGAAACGAAUAAGCGAAGAAAGAAAAAUGGUAAUUCAAGAAAUACACAAGAGACUUACAAGCAAAGAAAAGCAUGUUGACGAUCUACGAAAACAGCUCGCUUUGUCGCGUCUUUUUAGCAAGUAGAACUAAACAGUCCACUGUGACACAAACACGUGAAAUUAUCAUCUUGGUUCAUUUUUCCGAAUAAUGCAGAGAGUAAAUUGUGUUGUUCAUGAGAGGGCAAGAUAGAACUGAAUGUAAUUUUAACUGACAAACCCGAGACACACAUUGUGUUUGCCUAGGAAACUCGAAAGGAAGUUGAUGUAAAUGUUAAUGUAUAUAUGUUCGUUUCACGAAGCAGCAGCAAAACGUUAGAUAUUUAUUUUUGAAAAUGGAAGCUUAAUGUUGUGAAAACAAGUGAGUAUUUUGAAUGGGAGUGUAUUAGCACUGUACGUAGAGGAAAGGAAUAAUUUCAAAAUGACUCUAUAAAAUGGAAGAAAAAUCUC